UCAUCUCCACGGCACCCACUUUUGAAACGAGGGAGAGCUACCGUGCCAAAAAGAACCGAAAGGAGAAAAUCCAAGCAACCCUCUGCUGCAUUGCUUUGCUCACUAGUUCACUGUAGCAUGGAGCAGUCCAUGAGCUACUUCAACAUCGCUGUGAUCUUCCUCUCAAUUGCAUCCUUGGCCGUGAGCACGGAAUCCUUAUUGUUAGAUACUGAAGCCUCGGGCUCCGUUGGCAGCAACCAUUCAUCAAUUAAUCGCAAAACACCUUCGAAUGGUCGUCAUUUUGUGAGAGAUGGCUCCUUGAUAGAUGAGAUUGUCAGGCUGGGUAAUCUUCAACAGACUGUGGACUGGCUCAGGAAGGUGAGGAGGGAGAUCCAUGAGUACCCAGAGCUGGCACAUGAGGAGUUGCAGACAAGUGAGCUCAUCAGACGAGAGCUUGACCUCAUGGGCGUCAAGUAUAGGUGGCCGAUCGCAGGCACCGGCGUAGUGGCCACCAUAGGGACCGGACUUCCACCUUCUGUGGCUCUCAGAGCAGACAUGGAUGCUUUGCCAAUUCAGGAACUGGUUGAAUGGGAGCACAAAAGCAAAAUAGAUGGAAAAAUGCAUGCAUGUGGACAUGAUGCACAUGUCAGUAUGCUUCUGGGGGCAGCAAAAAUACUGCAGGAUAUCAAGGAAACAUUGCAGGGAACAGUGGUUCUUAUAUUUCAACCAGCUGAGGAAAGAGGUGUGGGAGCAGUACAGAUGAUCGAAGAAGGAGCACUGAAAGAUGUAGAGGCCAUAUUUAGCAUGCAUGUAUCUUAUGCAUAUCCUACAGGGGUUGUUGCUUCCAGGCCUGGUGAAUUUCUAACAGGAUGUGGAAUCUUUAAAGCACAUAUUAGUGGAGGAGGAGGUCAUGCUGCAGCAUCACACGACUCAGUUGAUCCUAUCUUGGCAGCAUCUGCAUCAAUAAUUAGCUUACAAAAUCUUAUUUCAAGGGAAGCAGAUCCUCUGGAUUCUCAGGUGAUCUCAGUAUCCAGCUUUCAUGGGGGUAGCUCAUACAGUACUAUUCCAGAUUCAGUCACAGUAGGUGGGACUUUUAGGGCCUUUACAAAAAGAAGUUUUGAUGUACUCAAACAAAGAAUUGAGGAGGUUAUCAAAGGACAGGUAGCAGUAUAUCGAUGCACAGCAAGGCUCGAAUUCUUUGAGUCUCAGCACCCUCCAAUUCCACCUACCGUAAACGACGAUAGAAUUUAUGAAUAUGUGCGACAAGUAUCCAAAGAAGUUGUAGGUAACACAAAUACACAGAUGAGUCCACGCGUGAUGGGCAGCGAGGACUUUGCUUUCUAUUUAGAGCAGAUACCUGGGUCCCUGCUACUCAUUGGGACUAGAAAUGAGAAGAUUGGAUCCAUACACCCACAACAUAGCCCCUAUUAUACUAUUGAUGAGGAUGCACUUCCUAUUGGAGCAGCAAUACAUGCAGCUUUUGCACAUGUUUAUCUUCUUCAAUCUACAAACAGCAAUGCACAAUCACCUAACUUUUCUUCUAAUUCUAACAUGUGAUAUAUCUUCAAUUGAUAUUGUAUUUGCAUCAGGUAAUAUGCAACAGUUGUACACCCAAAAAGGCAUUACUAAAUAUCCUUCUCAUGUCUUUGUUUUGCAGAGAA